AUGAACGGCAACGAUGGUCAUAGUAACGAGCAACCACGGCAAGAACGGGCACACAAUGGGCAACCUGCACAGCCACCUGACAUGCUUCCACCAUCACUUCCAAUGCAACCGCAACCACAGCAGCAGCAUAUCGAUAAUAAUGCAGAAAGUAUAGAUAACAAUAGACAGACACAGUCACAUGAAUACCAGCAGCAACAAGGAGGGCAGCAGCAACCACAUGUGAUACAGCAAAAUGCACAUCAACAGCAGCAGCAUGACUUACAGCAAAAUGUCCCACAGCAGCCAGGCCAGGUUGUACACCCACAACCACAACCGGAUGUACCUCAAGUGCAAAUCGCACAGACACAGCAUGCCAAAACGCACACCCAAUCACACUCUCACACUCACGCACAGCAGCAUGUGACGGAGGGUCUCUCGGACGUGGAGUCCAAUACAGACGAGGAGCGAGGUGUUGAAGAUAGCUCAGUAGAUCCUGCGAUGGAAGGCGUUGAUGUAGGAAUGCGUACGGACAUGAUGCAGUAUCCGAUGGACCUCUCUGGCGGGACCGGUGCGAUGGUGCCCAUGGACACAGACAACGACGUGGUGAAAGUGAGCCAGUCAGCGCUACACAUCUUCUGCAACUUAGAACGCGAUGUAAGUACUUUAGAGGCACAGGUAGCGUGGGGUGCAGAACAUUCGAAAGCCACGUGGAACCUGCAGCAGGGUGCCUUCCAGUUCAAACGGCACAACAGUCUGUUUGGGGCGGAGAACUUGGCCAAGAUUGCCAAGAUAGUCGGCAGUAAAUCGGACGGUGGUACCAACACACGCACACUCCUACUCGAACCGUAUCCGCUUAGUGACGGGGUCAACUACGGCUUCACUAUCAGUCUCAUCAACCGUGGCAGGCAGAAGCGCGGCAAUGCCGGCAGCGUACAAACGGAUUCGCAGUUGCAACGUCUCAUGGUUGAGUUGCUGGUGGAGGUCAAAAUGACACAGAAAAGCAAAAGCCUCACGCCGGGGAUAGCGAAGUGCUAUGAGACCAUCCUGACCUGUUGCAAGACCAAGGAAGAGAUGGGUAUGCUGGGCCGUAUACUGCGCAACCACUCACGCGCCACCAAGUCGUCUCUGUCGUACUCCCGCCCCACGGGCAAGUACAGCGGAUACUCUGAGCUCAUGAGACGCGUUGCUCGAGCCCUGAAUGCCGAAAGUCGAACCCUAGACCCUGCGCUUAUCGACUCGCUCAACCUUGACGCGGAACACAAACAAACCUUGAUGGACUUUCUUGAGAAGGACAGUACGUGGAGCGAUAAAUCCCAACAGAUCAACCAGAUCUGCAAAACAGCCUGGGCCAUGUUGUCUGCGGAGACCAAGGAAGAGUUUGUGGAGAUCGGCACGCGGAAACGGAAACGUGAGCCUGAUAGUAUGGAGGACCGCGUGCAGGUCAUCAGCGACUUUGUGAAAACUAUCAACGACGCUGGAGAUAUGCAGCUGCUCGCUGUGGUCGAUCGACCCGGGCAUUGCCCAGAACGCUUCGGCUCGAUACCGCACCAUGUAUGUGGUUACUUCAAUGAACCCUCAAAUUUCCCCCAAUCUCACACCACGGCACUUCUGAUGCCUGCGAGCCAGCAAACGCCGCCCCAACAACAAUUGGGAACUGCGCAACAACCGGGACAUUUCCAAAUGGACCACUCGGCCCUGUCCGACGAUGUGCAGGUGCAGCUACAGGCACAGGCACAGCAACACGCCCAACAGCAGCAACACGCCCAACAGCAGCAACAGCACGCACAAGACGCACAGGUCCAUGCGCAGAUACAAACCCAGCAAUUGCAAUACAUGCAACGACAACAGCAGCAACAACAAGAGGAACAUCAUCAACAGCAAGCACGUAUGCAAUCCCAGGAAGAUGCUGAAGCCCAGGCACAUGAGCAAAACCUGGUCGCUCAAAGACAUAGAGAAGAAACCCAAGCCGAAGGCGUGCGUGUACAUGGACAAAGUACUGGUGAACCGUCGUUGGCUGCGUUAGUGACACCAGAAGAGGAGAUCACUGGCAUCAACAAUACUGAGUUCAAUAUGCCGAGUUCGGAGGCUACCGAAUAUGAAAGUGACACGGCGAUGCCUGAGGUCGUGCACGCUGUUGUCAAAGAGUCGGCGAAGCAAACCAAGGAGCAGCUGCGACAAAUAGUUAUACAACGGCUGAAUAAACUCUACUGUGAUGUGACUGAUUUGAAGGCUGUGCCAUGGGUGGAAUACCGAAAGGGAUGUCCCUUUGCACUAGCCAAUCGAUCAACAGGUCAACACUAUAGCGAAUUCAGCAAUUGGGUAAAAGGAGUGAAGGGGCCCUACAGUGCCAAGGAGUUGAAGAAUCUGCAGACACUCUUAGAUAAUCCAAAUAUUAUUCUGAAAGUCAUGAUCCCACCUGAAUUUGUGUCCCGGUUCCAAAGCUUGGGCAAUGAGCAGCGCAAGUUUGUGGCCAAUUUCAUCGGCCUGAACCGGUACGAGAAACCAGUCCUGGUGUUCAAUGGCGUCAGCGGUGGCGGCAAAACGCAUGGGGCAGUACUGGCGGUAGAGAUAGCGCGAUCAAUAUAUGGACAGGCCUCUGUUCUGGCGACCGGUACGUACCUGAUUAACGCGCAGAGGUACCCAGACGGUAUGACGAUCCAACAGGUGAUGGGCCAGCUAAGCACCGAGCUCGAUUUGAACCAGUUGCAUCUACAUCCCAGGAAGACGGACAGUCACGUGUUAGAGAAGGCUCGAAUACUUUUGAUCGAUGGUGUUGGGGACGAAAGCAGCCAGUUUCUUGAGCACUUAGAUCAGUUCCUACGAGAAAAAUUGGGAAAGAAUGGAACGUCCAACAAUGCCCCGUUCGGGGGGCUUAGAUUGUGUUUAAUAGGCGACUGUAUGAAGACAACCCGGGCAGGAAGUGAGGUCCGAACAACCUCAUCAUUCUACUUCCACUCCAGGAUAUUCACAGAGUUAGACGCUGGUGGACAUGUACGGUAUUUUUUCGUGGACAAAUCACAUCGUGCAACCGACUCGACCUACAACACCUACAUCAAACGACUGCGGCGUGGCGAGUGGGCGGGUGAGGUCAGCAACUACUUCAGGUCAAUGUACAAAGCGCGAGCAAAUGAGAAUGCGAUUGAGAUCUUCACUUCUCAAGAACAGUGCAACGUAGAGUAUGAGGAGUUGCUACAAACUAAUGCGAACGUCCUGUAUCCGCCCAUACUGGUCAACACGCCAAGCCCCGAGACGAAUGGUUUCGAAAGCGAGGGGUUCAGUGUAGAUGCGAUUAGGCGAUCGCUGACAGCAGACCCCAGACAACCUCGGAGAAUGCCUAUAACCCAGGUAAAAUUUGGCAUAUGAUGAUUGAAUUGUUGCAUGUCUUAGGCACCUAUUCUAGGAACAAUGUAAUAUUUUGUGCAUGGUUUUUCUCCGGUUGGGUACGCUUUCUCAACAUUCAAGCUUGUUAUAUUCGGUACUCGACUGUCGUGCCAAAAAUCACUUAAAGCCCGCCCGAAGUUCGACUAUACCUUUGAAAUGAGUGACAUGGGUAACUCAACAUUUUGCUUCUGCGAUGUCUCUAGACCUUCAAGGGCUGCCGCGUGCGAGUAUACCUGAACGUGCACUCUGGCAGAUUCACCGUUGCUGCUGGCACAUUUGGCACGGUCGUGGAGGUGGGGGAAAACGUUGUAUACGUCCUCUUCGAUGGAGUUUCCAAUAGCCAUGAGCCCGUGACCAUUCCCGUAUACGGGCAGAAGGAGUACUCGCACCUUCGCACCGUUGGGGAGGUGUCUCGCACAGUGAUUCCAUUGAUCCAGGCUCACUUUAUGACUGUGGAUACUGCUAAAGGCCACGAAUUCACCAAUACUAUGAUUGUCCACACCGAUAGUGGUUUCACAAUAGAACAGCUAUACUCGGUGAUAGCCAUGACCACCGACCCAACCCGCGUCAAUGUCCGGGUAAAUGCGAUAGUGCACUUAUCCGCAAACUCUCAGCCGCUCAUUGAAUUCGACCGGAGAUGUGCAGAGAAAGCGCUCAUGUCCUUGUGAGACCCUCGGUCAAGGUAUCAAGAGCAUCUGUAUUGUACGACAACCGGCGACGCUUGUUGAACCAUAAAGCUACAAUCGCAGUAGUUGCAGUGGUUGCUCAUACAGUUGAACCCCACGCAUCGUACAUAAACGUGGGUUAUGCUCCACGUUUGUAGAUGACAGGCUGGUUCAGGUAGCAUUGACGCUCAAAGGUCAGAGAUGGCAGUGGCAACUCAGUUAGCGCCAAUAUAUGGCAUCGCCAACUCGGUGAGAUACAUGUUGACGUAGCAUAUAGGCUCACCAUAUGGGGUCGAGAUAUUUCUGUGAGGUCCUUUGAGAGCACAGAUGUGCUGCACAAGUGUGGGCGGACCUCUUAUCGGGAUGCAGUCCAAGGGCUAACGUUCGACCGAAAUCCGGUUGGCGCAAUACUAUCAUGCGGUAUAUGUGCCUGUUUUAUGCCUUGAGAACUUCAGUGCCUCGGCCGCUAAGGGCUGGUGUUGUGGGUUGGGAAACACUCGCCAAUAGAAAUGGAAUAUAAAGAAAUCUUUCAUCAGCCUGUAUACCGAUGCAGAGGUCACCUCAUUGGCUUCCGAGAAUGUCUGCAAAUCGUUAAGGUACAUAUUACUAGGAUUUUUGUCUUCCUGACCGUGUAAAUAUACCGCUUGCAUAUCUUAUCAGGGCUCGUCGCCAUCUUCGGCUAGCAUCUCCGCUAUCAGCCGUUUCCUCUCGUCUUCCUGCCGAGCUAUGCGGGCUGCCGGACUCUCAAGGUCUCGCUGUGCCUCGGUGAGUCGGAAAGUGGGGCCCGCCUUCGCAUGGAGAGUCGCAUAUACAUAAAGGAUGCAGUAGAAAGAAUGCAUUAGUGCGUGGAAAUAUGCGUAUACAAUAUGACGCAUUCUUGCGCAGUUCAAUACACUUAUGCACGAGGAAGCCUAUGCGCCCGAUUCAGACAUGCGUGGCUCAACCCACAAUGGACUGGCACAGAGCUAACGGAAUCGUGAUGCAACCAAAGUAGUGCACGCGGUAGGGAUAUAUAUUGGUUUACAUUCAAAAGUAGAAUUUGACUGCAGCGGCACGAUAUAAACACUGCAGUUUCUAACUGUACUAUUUUCGAAUCAUCAACGGGCAGGAUAUAGCCGACAUACUGUACAUGCACACAUCACCUGGAUACAUAACACUUAACAGGCCUUUCCCACAAGAACCGAGUAGACUUUGACUGACUGUCAAAUCAAUAUACCUUUGCAUGCGCAAUCUUCAUAUCCUGUGCGUGUCGCAUUCUUGCUAGUACUGAGGCUUCGUAGUCAACUUCAGCCGCCGGCUGUGUGUUGGGGACUGAAUCACGCGUGGCGAGAUAACGUGGAAAUAGCCGUGAGGAAUAUAUAUCGAAUGUUAUUGACUUUUUGGUGAUAAUAGAGGCGCGAGUGAUUAAUGUUGUGAAAAUAAACCAAGGCAGGCCUAUGCGACGACCACAGUACGCAUGUGACCGGCAUGUAGGUGUGGUAAUCAUAACACUAAUCCGA